AUGUCCGUCGGGACCCAAUUGGAAAACGCCAACCCGGUUAUAUUCCAGCGGUCCGGCGAAAGGCUGCAGACGGCAUCCGACGAGGACGAAGACGUGCACGACCCUAUCGAUGACAGGGAAAUCUUUGAUCUUAUUCGAUCCAUUAAUGAUCCCGAACACCCACUUUCUCUGGAGGAACUUAACGUUGUGGAGCAAGUCCGAGUCAAAGUGAACGAUGCAGACAGUAACGUGAAUGUGGAGUUCACGCCCACCAUUCCACACUGCAGCAUGGCUACACUUAUCGGCUUGUCGAUAAAAGUCAAGCUGCUUCGCUCGCUGCCCAACCGAUUCAAGAUUGAUGUGCACAUCACGCCUGGGACACAUGCCUCCGAGGAUGCAGUGAACAAGCAGCUAGCCGACAAAGAGCGAGUGGCGGCUGCGUUGGAGAACUCGUCGCUGCUGGAGGUGGUCAACCAGUGUUUGUCCACAAGGAGUGUCUGA